AUGUACUGGAAAACUGCUAUCGCAUGCCUCACCGGUCUAAGUACCGUGGUCAAUGCUGGUAUUCACGGUCAACCCAAGAAAGGGAGAUGCCCAGCCGGUCAUGCCCUGACUACCUACUUUGUCACCGUUACAGAAAGCUCAACCACGGUGGUCAAACCCUGGACGGCUGGACUGUCUACAGCCAUCAGUCAGUCGACAGUUUCUACCUGGGAUGGGUCGUCGACAAUUUCUUCGUCCAUGUCCAGUUUCGAGGCAACAAAGACAGACUCCAGUGGAUCUGGUCCUUCGAUCUCGACCACUUUGCCAUCUACUCCCGCAGAGAAACCAUUGAGCUCGCCCACUAUUAUUUCCGAUGCAGUCGUCAAUGCUACAGCCUCAGUGCUUGAAUCGUCUCCACCAUCGGCGUCAUAUUUGAAAGGUUCACAGACCUCUGUGGUUGAAGUGUCUCAAACAUCGGCAUCGUCUUCGCAAGAGUCGCAGACACCGCUAGUCGGUGGCGUCGUCAGCGGACAGGCUACUUCCUAUAAUGGUGGCGACGUGGAUGGAACAUGCAUGUUUUCGACUGCCGACUACACCUUGCCGGCUGGGAUAUAUGGUGCGGCUCUUUCCGUGGACAACUGGGACAGUGCAGCUUGGUGCGGUGCAUGCCUCUCCGUUGUUGGACCAAAAGGCAACUCCAUCAAAAUCAUGAUUGUCAACCAAUGUCCCGGAACUUGUGGCCUGAACAAUAUUGAUUUGCUGCCCAACGGCUUCCAACAAUUGGCAGAUCUCAAAGUCGGCCGAAUUGACGUGAAGUGGGAUAUCGUGAAGUGCGAUAUCAGCAGUCCGCUAUUCCUGAAAACAAAGACGGGGUCCUCGAAAUACUGGUUUAGUAUUCAAGUUGUCAACUCGAACGUCCCAGUUAAAUCGCUGGAGGUUAGUACCGACGGUGGACAAACGUGGCAGUCUACGAUCCGUAAAGACUACAACUUCUUCGAAAACCCUAGCGGCUUUGGGACAGAUUUUGUUGAUGUCCGGAUAACCAGCGUUACCGGCGAGACAAUUGUGGUGAACAAUGUCAGCAGCGUUUCAGAGACCCGAACAGAUGCUACCUCGAACUUUAAUUAA